AUGGCCAAGGUAGAAAGAAGUGCACACGUCAUUUCAAUUAUUCGACAGAUUUUUUCGGAACUACGAAAAAGUGAUGAGGUGUAAUACGACUUCUUUCGGAGUUCUCGUAUCGUUGUUUUGUUGCAGAAAUUUUCAUCGAAGAGUCCACUUGCACAGUAUAUUAUGAAACAAUGUCGCGAACAUCAGUUGACUCAAAAAAUAAUGUGCAAAGCACCCGAUGAAAUGGAGCAUCUUGCAUCAACGUACAGGCAUUAUCUGCAGAGUACAAGGCGUUCGAAAGAGUUGCAUGAACGAUACCAUGUAACAUGGAGAACGUUCAGUCGAGCAGAGCGCCAAUUUAGUAGGCUUGAAAUUGCCGGAAAAACACAAAUGAUUCGACUGAAGAAUGAUGCACACUCAUUUUGGUCAAGUCACAUGGCUGAAAUAACAUCUCGUUAUGCGUAUUUGUUACAGCCAGUAAGAGAUCUCGCCAAAAACUGGGAUAUCGACAUCAUAGCGUAUUUGGCCGAAUGUGUUGAAAGGUAUUUCUGCAUUAAAUUUUCAUCUCAGUUCUUCAAGAAGCAUCAACAAAUUUCAUUUGGUAUUGUUUCACAGUCACUUUUUCAUCACCAAAUUAAAAAAUUUUCCAGCAUUCUGCAAGAAAACGCAAACGAUGAGAAUGAAGCAGAUGAGAAGCAUCAUUUCAACUUUCCCGAGGCCGGUCUGCUCAUUCAGAGCACGUCGGACGUUUACAGUCGUAAAGUUGAGUACGUUUUCGAGUUGGCACUCGGUUUCUCUGAUCAAGUACGACUGCAAAAAGGCAAAAAUCGGAACGCAGGGGCGCAAGAAGGCGAUGACGAUGACGAUGCCGAAGCGGCGUUCGAUUCGCAUCCAGCGGAUCCGUGCGAUCUGAUUGACUUCACCACUCUACGGCCCCAACAAGCAAAAUCUCUUCAACACAAAAGCGACUCCAGUGUUCCAUCCACAUUUCCAGUGUUGCCUUUGUCAAUGAUGCGUCUAGCUGAGUUCGAGAAGAGCAGUGUUACGUUGUACGCACGUCGCAAUAAUAAGGAACUGAUCGGUCGAAAAGAUGAUUUCAAAAUCAACACUGCAUUCGUACACGACACUGUUAGUUUCUUCACAACUGCUUCGUUAGUUUUAUCUCUCGAUAUCAGUGCUGUUAAUGUUGUUAUCAUCAUCUCUAAUGGUGUCAUUAUCGCCUCACAAAAUCUGAACACACUAUCGUCACUUUCGCCUCAUUGUGAAAUCCAUGCAAGUUGUUGUUUAUUGCUGGAUUUGGUGAACGAGAAGUUACUGGAUCAGUUCGAUGCUGUGAAUGCGGAUGAAACUGAAGCGACAAUGAUGCCUGAACAUAUGGAAGUGGAUGGUGAUGACAAUACAAUAAGAAACAACAAUGAACUUGCAGCUAUAAGGCCAGAUGAAAACGUACAGACAAAUGAUGGUGCUGAUCGCGAGCGAGGGCGUUCGAGUGCAGUGAUUGAAAACGAUCGUCGGGCGACGGGUGAUAAUGACGUCGCGUUGGUGGUGGAAACAGGGGCAGACGGUACGGUACUGUUCACAAAUACGGCACAACGAGAGCAGUUGAAGGAGCUGGACGGUGAUAGUUGUGGUCAGUGGAGUGAUGGCGAUGAUGGGGAUCAGUUUGACGACGGUGACGAUAUAUCGGAUAUAAAUGCGCGUGUAGAAAUCGAGGAAUUUGAUAUGAUCCAGAACUGUGGAAGACAACGCAUUCCAUUGAAGGAAAUGAAGAUAACAAGUAAUGUUGACCAACGACUAAAGAAGAAAUGCCGUGAACGCGCAAAGUUGGGCAUCGGCACAACGGAAUCGAUUCUGGAGUAUUGGUACGAUUGUUUGUAUGGGAAACGACAAAAGAAACAGUACAUGAAAAUAAACCUUGUUAAAUCGUCACGAAGCACGAUGAACUUUAUCGCGAGUUGGAUCAUUGAACGACAUAAGAAAAGAGCAAAGUCUAGCGCAGCUGAGCGAGUCGCGCUUCGAGACAAACCAGAUGAUCAACGCGGAAAGGCUGGUCGAGAAAGUUUGAAUUUGAACAAUUACGAAGAUGGAGCGUUUUUGAGCGAUGACGAUGGCGAUGGAGGUGAUGCGUUCGAGAAUGAGGAAGAACAGAACGUUGAGGCAAAAUGGGCAUUUGUAAAGAAAUUUGUGAGUAGACAUAGUCUCAGGUUUGAAGCUGGAGGGAAUGUUAAUGAGUCGUUUGCGGAUGGAUUGAACGAUGACGAUAUUCAUGCACAGUACGCAUUCGGUAAUGUCUACAAUGAUCGACGCACCAACACAAACGAUAUCACAUUGGCAGCGAUUUCGAAUGAAAUGACAUUCGACGAGAUUCUCAAAUGUUAUAUGCAAAAAUAUUGGGCCGCAAGUGAAGAAACCACAUCGAAACUAUGCCAACGAGUGCAAAAAUGGGAAACGAAAUUGUUACCAAUCCUGGAAGAGGAAGAGCGGCGCCGAGAAUUCAGCAUUCAUGAAUAUGGCAGUGAAAUUUUGAAUGCGUUCAAAGAUAUUGGACAGACGAUCUCAUUUGAGGAGUUAAUGAAAAGAAAGCCAUGGUUUGAAUGCUGUCGAUAUCUGUUGUCAGUGUUGAUGUUGGCGAAUACAGGUAAUUUGAGCUUGAAAGUAGAAAAUGAUAGUAUUGAUGAACCGAAUGGUCUCAAUUUGACACUGCUCAAGAGGAAACGACACCAUGAGGUGUUCGAUGAUGCGGACGCAAUGAUCUAA